UGAAUCAGACUACCAGGGGCUACAGCCCUCAGUUCCACCAGAAGCCGGUCCAACCUCCACGAUGUUGGACAACGAGGAGUUUAUUCUAGACGCGUAUCCGCGGGAGCUCACCCAAAACCCGCUGAAGAAGAUCUGGAUGCCGUGCAGAAACGCGCACAUCGCGCACAGGCGGGUGUGCAUGACAAACUGCCCGACCCUCAUUGUCACUGUUGGACUUCCAGCUCGAGGAAAGACUUACAUUUCAAAGAAGCUCACUCGCUAUUUAAACUGGAUUGGUGUGCCAACCAAAGAGUUCAAUGUUGGCCAGUACCGGAGGGAGUGUCUGAAGAUCUACAGGUCAUUUGAGUUCUUCCGUCCAGAUAAUGAAGAAGGUUUGAGAAUCAGACGACAGUGUGCGUUGGCAGCACUCAAUGAUGUCCGUCAGUACCUGAGUGUCGAAGGAGGACAGGUGGCGGUGUUCGAUGCCACAAAUACGACAAGAGAAAGGAGAGGAACUAUUGUCAAGUUUGCUGAGCAGAAUGGCUUCAAGGUGUUUUUUGUGGAGUCUGUGUGUGAGGACCCAGAUGUCAUUGCACAGAAUAUCGUGCAAGUGAAGUUGGACAGUCCAGACUACCUCCACUGCAACACAGAGGAGGCCGUUGAGGACUUCAUGAAGAGGAUCAAGUGUUACGAGUCGUCCUAUCAGCCUCUGGACGAGGUCCUGGACAGGGAUCUGUCCUAUAUAAAGAUCAUGGACGUGGGCUGCCGCUACCUGGUGAACCGCGUCCUCGACCACAUCCAAAGCCGAAUUGUCUACUACCUGAUGAACAUCCACAUCACGCCACGCUCCAUCUACCUGUGUCGCCACGGGGAGAGCGACCUCAACAUCAAGGGGCGGAUCGGAGGAGACUCUGGCUUAUCGGCCAGAGGAAAAGAGUACGCCAAAAGUCUGAGGAAAUUCAUCCAGGAGCAGAAAAUCAACGAUCUGAAAGUGUGGACCAGUCAGAUGAAGAGGACCAUCCAGACAGCCGAGUGCCUGGAGGUGCCCUACGAACAAUGGAAGUCCCUCAACGAAAUCGACGCUGGGGUGUGUGAGGAAAUGAGGUACGAGGAGAUUCAGGAGCACUUCCCUCUGGAGUUUGCUCUCAGAGACCAAGACAAGUACCGCUACCGCUAUCCUAAAGGAGAGUCCUACGAGGACCUGGUGCAGCGACUGGAGCCAGUGAUCAUGGAGUUGGAGAGACAGGAGAACGUUCUGGUGGUUUGUCACCAGGCCGUCAUGCGUUGUCUUCUGGCAUAUUUCCUGGACAAGACUGCAGAUGAGUUGCCUUAUCUUAAGUGUCCUUUGCACACAGUAUUGAAGUUGACCCCCAUGGCUUACGGAUGUAAAGUGGAGUCCGUCUGUUUAGGCGUGGACUCUGUGAACACACACAGAGACCGACCGGAGGUAGGUGUCCCAGGCAGCACACAGAAAUGUCCGUCAGUGGACGACGUAGACAACUUCAGCCCACCUCAGGGAUGAUUCACCUCCAGUUAGAUACGCUGUGUGACGGUCUUUAAUGCUUUAGAGGCGCAUUGUACGAGUUCCAUCGCAUUUAGUGUGUAUGUCCCUUCUAACGAUGUCCUGCUGAUCCGUCCGUCUCUUCCAAUUGCACCGAGAAUGUAAGAAUCAUUCACUCCUGCCAGUGACCCCUGACUGCAAUCAAGACAGCUGUGACUGUUGACAGUGCUACCUCGGCCUUUAUUUGCUUUCUUUGGGGUUUUCUUGUCUAUUUUUGUCUAAAUUCAGAAAUGCUGCAAAUUACACAGAACAAAGUGGGGAAAAAUCAAACUAAAUAUUCACUGAAUAGAAACAGGUCUUAAAGGCUCAAGGUGACAGUUGCGUAUCUGUUCGCUGUCUGCCUCAACGCAACCGGCCUUCUUCCGCCACGUCUUGGUGCACCCAUGGGUGUCGACAAUAAGACUACGUCCAUAUUGUAUGCACAGUAUUGGUUUAUUUAGAAAAGCGCUAUGUAAAAUUAAAGUAUUAUUAUAUAUGUUUUUACUAGUUCCUGUGCAUUUCGUUUGAUUUGGCUUCUUCGUAGUGGCUCCAUAACUGGAAUCCCAAAACGGGGCCGAUCACUGCUGUGUUUGUGUGUCCAAAUGUGCUGUUAUAUUUGUUUUGGUUUGUGUUCGAGCUUGAGCUUUAAAUUGCUGUUUGAGACUAGAAUCAGGUUUGUGUUUGGGUCCAAAUCGAUGGUGAAUUAUGGAGGAAAAUGACAACAAUUACAUGCCUUUUUUAUGCUUUUUAAAACAGUCUUUAAAUACUGUGAAUGAUUUAGCAUUGUUUUGAUGUUGUUUUUUGUUACUAUUUGUAUGCAAGUGACUUACAUUUAACCUUAACAUACAUGUUGAUGCAUAUGACGCAGAUUGAAAUAUAUUUUUUAUUAACUCCUUGUUAACUCUUGUUUACUGCUUAAAUGUUAAGGCUUAAUCUACAAUGCCACUAAACCUCCAUUUCAAGAUGUUUGCUGUUCACCAUAAAAUAAUCACUAUUAUUGUCAAACUGGUAUUUGGUUAAUUUGCAUGUUUUAAUCAUUUCAUCAAUUAAAUGUUUUAGUUUGUGAAGGUCAUUGUAAAUAUAAAAAUGUAAGAUUUUAAGACUAAUUAUCUUACUUUUGAUGGUGAAUACAUAAAUGAUCAGUUAAUUUGUCUCAGACAACAACUUAUGUGUUAAACUACUGUCUAAAUGUUUUAAAUGUUUACUUUGACUUUGUCGUAUUUUAUUCUUAUUAUAUUAUAUUGCACCAAGUCAAAUUCCUCUAUGUGUAUCAUAUGUGGCAAUAAAUGGCUUGUGAUUGUGAUUCGGGGGUUUGAGUAGACUUGGUUUCAUUAAAGCAGUAAGUAAUGUUUGAAUUGUGAUCUAUAAUAAAAUAUUGACUUCUGCUUUUCCUCAA